AGCGGCGUCGUGUGGAUUAUAGCGCGCAUAUUUUCGGAACCGGAAUGAAGGCAGGUGGGAAGGAAAGAAACUUCCUAUCCCGUUAUAGAAAUGGAUAACUUUGUUGAAGAACUGCGACAAGAAACAAGGUGGCUACCCACAGAAGAAACAGAGGAUGAGUCUGUGACCAAUGCUGUGGUUCCAGGAAUUUAUUUGCCUUUACUGCCAAAACAUUUUAACCACCCAACAAAUAUGGCUGUGAAAUCUUCAGAAUUCCAAAAGGUGAAAGAGGAUUGUUUAUGCUGUAUCCAAGAUGCUCUCUUACAAAGUCAGUGGCAGAGGGCUGCAGAAUUAAUGAUAAGCUACUUGGAAAUACUGGAAAAUACAUCUUCAGAAAAAAGGGUGCCAUCUCAAGAGGAGAUCUGGAGAAUAGGAACUGAAAUCUUGCAGCAGCAUCCCAGGAGUAAUAUAGAUGAGAUCAACUAUUUUGCAGAUCGGAUGAAAAGUUUAGGUGUCAAAAGAUAUUUAAAAAUUUCUUUAGAGCAUGCCUUCCACCUUUUGUGCAGCGGAUUUGUGGACGAAGCCUAUCAGAACUUGAUCUUGACUGAAAGUUGGCGAUAUGGAGAAGAAACUGUUGCUCAGGAAAAAGAGCUGAAGCUUGUUCAAGCUUAUAAGGGGUUGAUAGACUAUUAUAUGUGGUUAAAAAAGAAGACGGACCUUUUGGAGCUGGAUGAAGACAGUUGUACACAAACUUCUCUUCAGCAGGAAAUGCAACGCUUGUACCAGCAGGCUAAAGUCAGCCUCAGGGAAAUAAUCAGAAUCCCUGGAGUUUGGGAUCCUUUCGUGAUUUGUUAUGUGGAUAUCCUGCAUGAGCUUGUUCCUUCCCAUGAACUAAUGCUGGAAUUUUACAACCUGCUUAAAAAAUCGAAAAAAAGAAAAAAACAUAAAUUACAGCUGAAAGUUAUUUUUGCAGUCCUGGAUUUUGCUGUAUGGAAGGAAAAUGUAAAAGCUUGGAGUUAUUUGGCAAAACAGACUGUAGAAAUUCUGCAAAACUCUGAUAAGCAAUUUCACUGGCUCAAAAAGGAGUGGGAUAUUCGAAAGCACUGGUGGCCAGCUUUUCAUUUCAGUCUUUACUUGGCAAAAAGAAACUGGCAGGAAAACAAAAAACUCACUUGUGAAAAAGUUCUGAUAGCUGGCAUACUAUUGGGAAAAGACUGCAAGUACUUUAAAUAUGUCUCCAAAGAAGGUUGUAAAGUUCAGAAGAAGAAAUUCCGACAGUUGAAGAAAUUUGUGAAAGAACACAGCUGGGUCGGUUUAAGAUUGGCUGAUACGUGAUUGCUUAGUAUCAAAUCUCUUGAUUUUUCAAGGGUGUUAGAUGAUUUUGAUGUCCUGUAUAAAACAAGUCAUCCUGACAAACAAUUGUUGUAAAAUUCAGGUAGUUCUUGAGAUCUGACUGGUCACCUAAUGGCUGUUUGAUGUUACAACCCACCCACCCCCCAAGCUACAUAUGAUCCCAUUUUGAAAUAUGGCUGCUGCAGCAUGCCUUACAACUGGCCACAGGAAUGCUCCCCCUUUGGCCUGCCCCACUGGCACCCCAUAGUGCUUGAUCUACUCCCCAUGCCUCCUGGAAGCACCUGCCAUUUUCCAUAUAUUGACAGUUCCUUGUGGAAAUGGCAGCUGCUUUCAGAGCAUUCUGUCCUGAUCAGCUGAUUGUUGGGAUACUGCAAAGCUCUUCUGGCUCUUGCUAAGCUUUGGCGAUGCCAGCUGCCUGAAUGCAAAAGUGGAAGCUUUAGGAUUAUCUUCCCAAAACUGUUCCCUUGCUUAAUUCCCUCCGUCCCUCCAGAAACCCACAUUUGUUCAAUAAAACAAAGAAAGCAAGAGAGACAGACUUGUUAUAUUUCUUCCCCCUUCCAUUAGGUGCUGAAACUAAAAUCUCUGCCUCUGCAUUUCAAUCUUGAUCUUUUAACCCAUUUCAUUUGCUAAAUUUACUGCCACCUUACCUUGAUGAGUGAUUGCCGGGCUGAAGAACAGAGUUAAGGAAGGAAGUGAGCAAAGAAAAUCUGGAGCUCAGCUCAAAAGGUUCAGGCAUUUAGAGCACAACAGGUGUAACAAAUGGCCAGCCACAGCAGAAGCUGGGUCAUUGGAAAGCUUUUUUGCUGCAUUUCUGACUCCCUUUCCAGGAGUCCUAGCUGGAAAUCGGACUAGCAGGGAAAAUCUUGGAAACCUUUUGGAAAGCUGUUGCUACUUGUCUGAUUCUAGGUUCAUCACCUAAUUGGGGGAAGGCCUUUUAACUCUCACUUUUUUCUGUUUUAUUUUUUAAAAAUUGAAGAAAUGUGGGCUUCAGAGGAAAGGGAGAGAGUUAAGCAAGGGAAAGAUUUGUGGAAGAUCAUCCGGAAGCUGCCUCCAAUGUAUGCAGGUGGAUGGCUUCCUCAAAGCCUAGCAACAGCCAGGAGAGGUUUGCAGUAUCCCACGGCCAGCUGAUUGGAGUAGAGGCUUAGCCCACCAGUAUGGCUUUAUCAUCCAUGCACAGAGGCUUGUAUGGAAGCUUCUCUGGCAUUAGAAUGUGGUGUUGGGCCCUAAUCUAGCUGGAUUGUUCCCCCCUGCUGAGCUGUUUUGGCUUUGCAAAACUUUUUGCUGCUGGUCUGCUCCACUUAACAACGCACACAUACGUUUAACAGCAUCAGAGAGAGCAGGGAUGGGGGGUUGUUAAGCAAGGUUGUUUAGUUUAAGGGCCAUCCCCAUUUGUGACCAUAAUGGGCAGGCUCCAUUACGGACAUAGUUUGAAGACGGCUUGUAUGUCUAUUGUAUGUAUAAGAAUUGUAUUUUUUUUACAAAGUUUCUAUAAAAAAACUUUUUGUAUCAAUAUA